UGACAACCUGGCUGUGACAAUUGCAGUCAUUUUAUGUGCAAAUUGUGAUGUUUACGUCAUAUCAGCAUGGCGGUAAAAUUUAUAGUAAUUUACAUUCAUAAACUAAUCCCACUAAUCAAUUUUCAAUAAUUAUGACCGUUCCUUUUUCGAAGAGCUGUAAAUGUACCUACUUUUUCGACAACUUCCAAACAAAAUCGCUCAUCACAAGCAACGUAGUAAGCUAUUUAACGGAUAUGGGCUUAGUACCAGUUACUUACAGUUAUAAGAGUACUCAAGUAGACGCGACAACUAGUUACGAAAAACCCAAGAAGAAACCCACAAAAGUAGAAUUAAUUAAUAAAGGAGACAUAACUUUGGAAUUGAUACCUAAAAAAGUUACAACUCUUAGAACCGGACAAACAAUGAAAGUUCCAACACGAAUUCAUUAUUUGUGUACCUUUAUUUUAAGAAACGCUGAAGUCAAAGAUAUUUUUAAAAAACCUGGUAGUGCAGCUAAACAAGAAGAUAUCAAAGCCCUAUUGAACAAAGGAGAACCCUUGUCACAAGAUGCCAGUGCUGUAGACGUAGCCCAAAUAAUUCUUCAAUUUUUGAAAGAGCUCCCCGUGGCUGUCAUUCCAGAAUGUCAACAUGCAUUUUUUUUAAGUUGUUAUGAUCAUGCAGACAGAGAAGACGUUCUAACGCUUGCGUGUUUACUCCUGCCACCUAACCACGUCAAUCUUUUGGCAUAUCUAAUGCAAUUUUUUGAACAAGUGACUACACACCAUAAGAAAAAUCAUGUGACUUUAUUGGCGUUAGGUCCGUGCAUCGGACCUGUAAUCAUGCCCAUGAAUGCUCCUGAAGAUAUCAAGAAAGUGGCCGAUAUAAUGGUAAUUUUAAUGAAAAGAGCUGACUUAAUCGGUAUGGUACCCGAACUGAUGACUCUUGAACCGAAACCACAAAAGAAAAAAUGUUCUUGGGUCGAGUCCUUGUUAAAAAGGGCUUAGAGUAACGGUUCUAUUAUAAAAUUUUCCAAUCUAAAAAUUCUGUUAUGUUUUAAUCUGCCAGUGUUUAAGUUUCGAACAAUUUUAAAGUUAUCUACGAUUAGCUCUUUGUAUCACCAUUUUUAAAUACUCCAGAUAUUAGGUCUAAACAAAAAAUUCAAAAUUUAAAUGGAACAAAAUGAUGACCUAAUUUUUGGAUAGAAACGAUAAAACAAUUUAAAAUUAUAAUGAGAGAAAAAUGUAAAACUUUAUUUUAAAAAUAGUAAAAGGUUUUAAAAAUA